UUUGUCAAAUCGCUCCUUUCAUCAACUCAGCCACGUUCGGCAAUUUUUCUCGUGUCUGCAAAGGGAUAAAAAUCAAAAAUUCUCGUUUAAUCCGUUUAUAUUGAAACCGAAACGGUCCACCACAUCCUAAGAUGAGUGAGACCAUCACCUGUACGCCGGAAUCGGCUAUCUUCGAAGCUCCACAGCUUCAAUUCAACGAGGAAGGUUGGGGUCCCUGCGAACUUCCGGAUGCGUUUAAGGAUAUUCCGUAUCAGCCGUUUAGCAAGAGCGAUCGCUUGGGCAAGAUUUCGGAUUGGGCGGGAACGGCUCAAACCGAUAAGAAAUAUCCGAAUAAAUACAAUUCGCAGUUUGGAGGUGGCAGUCAGUAUGCUUACUACCACGAAGAAGAUGAAACAACAUUCCAUCUGGUGGAUAGUGCUCGAAUUCAGAAGCCGCCACAUCAACGCGGUCGUUUCCGUGGAAAUCUGAGAAACCAGCGUGGUCGCGGUCGUGGAGGGCGUGGUGGAAUGCAAGCCGGCGGAAUGACUGCACUUUCCAAGAAUUCCAACAAGGGUCGAGAUCAGAGACGCGGAACUACUCGCAAAUGGGGCAAUCGUGGUCCUCCGCCGAAGAUUCGCGAUGCAUCGGUUACCGUCCGUCCGGAUUGGGUGACAAUCGAGGAGAUGGAUUUCCCUCGAUUGUCCAAACUUUCGUUGCCAAGCGUGAAAGAAGGAGAAGAUAUCAGCACUUGCGGUACGCUGGAAUACUACGAUAAGGUCUACGAUCGUGUCAAUGUCAAGAAUGAACGACCGUUGCAGCGUGUGGAUAGAAUCUUCCACACCGUCACAACCACCGACGAUCCGAUCAUUCGGCAGUUGUCGAAGACGCACGGAAAUGUGUAUGCUACUGAUGCGAUUUUGGCAACUAUUAUGUGCUGCACACGUUCUUACUACUCUUGGGACAUAGUAAUCGAAAAGAUUGGAGAGAAAUUGUUCAUGGAUAAACGAGAUAACACCGAGUUCGAUCUGUUGACUGUUAACGAAACGGCUAUUGAACCUCCACAGGAGGAUGGUAAUUCGCUAAAUUCACCAAGGAAUCUAGCUAUUGAGGCAACAUUCAUCAAUCAUAAUUUCAGCCAGCAAGUUCUGAAGAGUGGUGCGAAGGAAGCCAAGUUCAAGUUCGACGAUCCGAAUCCCUUUAUUGGAGAUGAUGAAGAUGGCGAAGUGGCGAGCGUUGCCUACCGCUAUCGCAAAUGGGAUUUGAAUAACGGAAUCGAACUGGUCGCCCGUUGUGAGCACGAUGCUGUUCUGCAGACUCCACAAGGGGACACUCAAUUCCUGACGAUAAAGGCUCUAAAUGAGUGGGAUUCGAAGCUUGCCAACGGGGUUGAGUGGCGUCAGAAGCUUGAUACACAGCGCGGAGCAGUACUGGCCAAUGAGUUGCGCAACAAUUCAUGCAAGUUGGCGAAAUGGACUAUACAGGCAAUGUUGGCCGGUUCUGAUCAAAUCAAGUUCGGUUAUGUUUCUCGUGCCCAUGUUCGUGAUUCAUCCCGACAUGUUAUUCUCGGAACGCAACAGUUUAAACCACAGGAAUUUGCCAACCAGAUCAACCUUAGCAUGGACAAUGCUUGGGGUAUUUUACGCUGUAUCAUUGACAUCUGCAUGAAGCAAAAGGAUGGCAAGUAUUUGAUCAUGAAGGACCCCAACAAACCGAUGAUCCGCCUGUAUGACAUCCCGGACAAUACAUUCGAAACCGACGGCGAGGAGGAAGAGGGUGAUGACGGGGAGGCAUUCCAGCCAUACUCGUACGGUACGACAACUAAGGCUGCUGUACCUGCUCCUGUUAGUACGGUUGCUCCUGCUUCGGUAGCUGCUGUAGUUGCUCCUGUAACAACAGCAGCUAGCCCAGCGGCAGCUGUAACUAUGGCCCCCACUACGACAACUACGAUAGCUGCGGUUGUUGCCGCGGCUACUGCUGCUACUACUACUGAAACUUCUGCUACACCCAGUACUGCUGCUGCUGCUGUUGCGGCUACUGCAAUUGAUGUUACAACUCCCACGAACGCGGCUAGUGCCGCAGCACCAGCAAAGUAGGAAAUCAAUUUUAUGAAGGUUAUCAAAGUGAAUUAGCGAAUCAGCGAAACAGUUUUUAUUGUAUUCUUCAUUAUUCACUCAUAAAAAAUUUGCUGACAAUAUUUAAAUUACAAGUGAACGGACGAUCACAGUUUGUACGAAGUAGGGGGAAGCAAGAUUAAUCAAUGGAAAAAAUAAAGUUUAACCAGCGAGUUUACCGCUGGAAGAACACCA